AUCACAUAGGGCGUAGGGAAAACCAUGCUGGCCGAGUGUCUUUCCGAGGAGCAUAAGAAACCCCUUUACCGCGUCAACUUGGGCAUGCUGGUGGCUGAUAUGCGUUGGGAGACCACGAUUGAAGAGAUCUUCCGUCAAGCCCACGUCUGGGAUGCCAUUCUGCUAAUUGACGAGGCAGAAGUCGUUCUUGCUGAGAGAACACAGGAGAGCAUGCAUAGUCUAGCAUGGGUUGCAGUUUUCCUACGCAAAAUCGAAUAUUUUGAGGGAAUUCUCUUCCUAACGACGAACCAAAUUCACAUGAUCGACCCGGCAUUCAUCUCUCGUGUCAACUUUGGCAUGAAAUUUCCUACACUCGAUUCUAAGACUCGUCUCCAAAUAUGGGAGAAGAUGCUGGGUGACUUGGGCGACUCCAACAACGCUGACUUGCUUAAUCUUGAGAAAGACACUUUGAAGGAAUGGGCCAUGAAGCCUCUUAACGGCCGGCAGAUUAGGAAUGUAAUCUAUUCGGCUCGACUUUUGGCGGACCCGCCGAUGACCGGUCAAAUCACAAAGGCGGGAAUCAAGCAAUGCUUGGCCGACGUAACGAAUUUCAGUAAGAAGACCCUGGCCCUGAUCGUUUCUGUAUUCCAUCUGUUUCAGGUCGAAUUCGAAUAGCUGCUUCGGUGACUGACACUUUUUCAGUGGAUAUGAUCCAAGAGGAGAAGAAGGCGGUGGAGAUGGACUACAUGUCCCACUGGGCCUGAGUUCGU